CCAGAGAGAGAGAGAGAGAGAGAAGGGGGAAAAGUAGAAGCAGAGAGACGGAGAGUGAGUGCGUGUGUGCCUGUCUGUGGCGGCAGGAGUAACGGACACGGGAGAAGUCCACGUACUACCAUGCCGAGAUUUGGAAUAACACACAAACCACAUGCAAAACCUCCAUACUUACGAGAUUAACAAGAGAAGGGGUGGUUUUGUGUCGAUCACGGUACGAUAAUGGGAAAGCUUUUGGUCUCGCUGCUUGUGCUGCUCCUGCAGCUACUCUGUGGUUGCGCAGGGAACCAAAGGACGGCGCGGGCUGCCUCCAUGCAAUUCACCCACUCUGAUUACAAUGCCACCAUAUACGAGAACUCUGCUGCUAAGACAUAUUUAGAGAGUCACAUCAAGAUGGGGAUUUAUAUCACAGACCCAACCUGGGAGAUUCGGUACAAAAUCAUCUCUGGAGACAAUGAGAACUUAUUCAAAGCUGAGGACUAUCAGUUGGGAGAUUUUAGUUUUUUGCGAAUACGGACCAAAGGAGGCAGCACGGCCAUCUUAAACCGGGAGGUUAAAGACCACUACAUGCUGACUGUUAAAGCCUCAGAGAGAAGCACGAAUUUUGAGUGUCGCACUAGAGUAAAGGUACAGGUACUGGACACUAAUGAUCUGAGGCCUCUAUUCUCACCCACAUCAUACAGCAUUUCUCUAUCAGAGAACACGGCCAUACGCACAAGUGUAGCAAAGGUCACGGCCACUGACGCCGACAUCGGUACGAAUGGAGAAUACUACUAUAGUUUCAGAGAUUGGACAGACGUGUUCGCUGUUCAUCCAACAAGUGGCGUUGUGACACUGACUGGGAAACUGGACUUCUCUGAGACAAAGCUGUACGAGUUGGAGAUCCUUGCUGUCGACAGAGGAAUGAAGCUGUAUGGCAGCAGCGGUUUUAGCAGUAUGGCCAAGCUGACAGUGAGGGUGGAGCAGGCCAACGAGUAUGCACCUGUCAUCACUGCAGUGUCCUUGGCCCCCUCUGACACAGAUCAUGACCCCACCUAUGCUAUUGUGACAGUGGAAGACAAUGAUCAGGGUCUGAAUGGAGAGAUAGCAUCGUUGAGUAUUGUUGCUGGUGACCCUCUGCAGCAGUUUAAGGCUGUUAGAAGCAGCCCUGGGAGCAAGGAGUAUAAAAUCAAAGCUGUUAAAGAAGUUGACUGGGACAGCCAGCCCUUUGGUUUCAACCUAACCUUACAGGCAAAGGAUAAAGGCAGCCCCCCUCAGUUUUCUUCUGCUAAAUUGGUACAGGUAACCUCUGCACAGUUCAAAUUGGGACCUCCUAUGUUUGAAAAAUCGCUCUACAGAGUCAAUCUGAGUGAAUUUGCCCCUCUUCAUACGCCUGUCAUUAAAGUAACAGCUGUGCCAAAGUAUCCACAGAUAAAAUAUGCUUUCAGAAACAAAGUGGACAAAAACAAAUUCAAUAUUAAUCCCAUCACUGGCUUAAUCAGCACCGCUGGACCAAUAAGCGCUGACUUUACUUCCCAGUUUGAACUGGACAUAAUGACCACUGAUAAAAAGGCAGCAACAAAAGUUAUUGUUGAUGUGGUUGAUGUGAACAACAAUGGACCCGAGUUCCAGCAGACAACUUACGAUGCCACUGUUGAUGAGAACGUACCUGUUGGAACAAGUGUAGUUACAGUUAAAGCAACUGAUCUAGACAAGGGUGAGAAUGGCUACGUGACAUACAGCAUCACCAACCUGAGCCCUCAGCCUUUUGUGAUUGACUAUUUCUCAGGCGUCAUUAGUACCUCAGAAGUCCUUGAUUAUGAGCUUAUGCCGAGGAUUUACAAUCUUAAAGUCAGAGCAUCUGAUUGGGGAUCCCCUUUCCGAAGGGAAGUGGAGGCAUCAGUCAAAAUCACAUUAAACAACCUUAAUGACAACAAGCCCCUUUUUGAAAACGUAGACUGUGAAGUAACUGUGCCAAGAGACCAUGGUGUAGGAGAGCAAAUAACAACGGUGUCUGCCAUAGAUGCCGAUGAACUGCAGCUUGUACGGUACAAAAUUAAAGGCGGGAAUGAUUUGGAUUUGUUUGAACUAAACCCAAACUCUGGCAUGCUUUCACUUAAGCACACAUUGACUGAGGGAGAAGCUGCUAAAGUGUCCUUCCAUAGUUUGCAAAUGAUUGCAACUGAUGGUGAGCACGAGACCCAGCCGAUGGUCAUGAACAUAACCAUCAUUACUGCGCGCAAACCUGUUCAGUUAAAAUGUGUUGAAACUGGCGUUGCUACAAUGCUAGCUGAGAAGCUACUGCAGGGGAGCAGAAUCCACACGCAAACUGAGCCAGAUGACAACUUCAUGGACAUUCACUCAGUCAAUCGAUACACUCCACAGUUUGCAGAGUCUUUCCCGAGUGUUAUUGAAGUUAAGGAGGACUUACCUGUUGGAGCGCGGAUUAUUCAUUUAAGUGCUACAGACCCAGACAGUGGGUUUAACGGGAAACUAGUAUAUGCUAUUUCUGGUGGAGACACGGAAAGCCGCUUUAUCGUAGAUAUGGAAACUGGAUGGCUACAGGUCUAUUCCCCUCUUGACAGAGAAGCAACAGAUCAUUAUACACUUAACAUCACAGUUUGUGAUCUUGGCAUACCACAAAAAUCUUCAUCACGUCUUUUGGAUGUCAAGAUUUUGGAUUCCAAUGAUAAUAGUCCAAAGUUUUUGCAAGAUUCCUAUUCAAUUGAGAUCAGCGAAGGAACAAAUGUUGGGACAGAAAUCAUCCAGGUAGACUCAACAGACAAAGACCACGGCAAUAAUGGACUUGUCAAAUAUUCCAUUUCAGGAGGAACAGAUCAAUUUGCAAUCAAUGAAGACACUGGUGUAGUGACUGUAGCAAAACCUCUGGAUCGGGAGCUCAAUCCAGCUUAUAUCUUGAAAAUUGCUGCACGUGACCAAGCUGUAAACGAGCCACAGCUAGUCUCCACUGUCCUUCUUAAGAUCACUUUGGAGGAUGUAAAUGACAAUCCACCUAAAUUUGUCCCACCUAACUACCGUGUAAAGGUAAGGGAGGACCUUCCUAUUGGUACUGUUAUUAUGUGGCUGGAAGCUCAUGACCCUGAUGUCGGACCUUCCAGUCAGGUACGAUAUAGCCUUAUUGAUAAUGGCGAUGGAAAAUUCGAAGUGGACAAACUCAGUGGAGCUGUGCGGAUCGUCCAGAAUUUAGACUAUGAGACAAAACAGGUAUACAACCUCACAGCAAAGGCAAAAGACAAAGGAAGGCCCAUAUCGUUGUCUUCUACCUGCUUCAUUGAGGUGGAUGUUGUCGAUGUAAAUGAAAACCUCUACAGGCCUUUGUUCCGGUCAUUUGUGGAAAAGGGAUUUAUAAAAGAAGAUGCGCCUAACGGGACUUCUGUGAUGACUGUAGCAGCUGAGGAUGAAGACAGUGGACGGGAUGGAGAGAUUAGGUACUCCAUACGAGACGGUUCUGGCCUGGGGAUAUUUUCCAUUGAUGAGGAAACAGGUGUUAUUCGAACCCAGGAACUGCUGGAUCGUGAGACCACACCUCACUACUGGCUCACCGUCUACGCCAUGGACCGUGGUGUGGUACCGCUCUCAGCCUUUGUAGAGGUUUUCAUUGAAGUGCAGGACGUUAACGACAAUGCACCGCAAUCCUCCGAACCUGUCUACUACCCGUCUGCCAUGGAGAAUUCCCCUAAAGAUGUGUCAAUCAUUAAGAUAAAUGCAGUGGAUCCAGAUGACCAGGCCAGUGAUAAACUCACAUACAGGAUCACCAGCGGCAACCCCCAGGGUUUCUUUGCCAUUAACACCAAGACAGGUCUGAUUACCACCACUUCAAGGAAACUUGACAGAGAACAGCAAGAUGAGCACAUCCUUGAGGUCACCAUCACUGACCAUGGUGUUCCGGCCAAAUCCACCACCGUCCGUGUCAUCGUCAAAGUUCUGGAUGAAAACGACAACAGGCCGUUGUUUCUGGAGAAAAUCUACAAGAUCCAACUUCCAGAGCGGGACAAACCAGAAAAAGAGCGGGCCAAUAAAAGAGAUCCGGUUUAUCGGGUCAUUGCGUCGGAUCGUGAUGACGGACCUAAUGCUGAAAUCUCUUACAGCAUUGAGGAGGGGGAUGAACAUGGAAAAUUCUUCAUAGAGCCCAAGACAGGUCUGGUGUCUUCCAAAAAGUUCUCUUCCGCUGGUGAAUACGACAUUCUAACCAUCAAAGCAGUCGACAACGGGCGACCUCAAAAAUCCUCUACUUGCCGUUUGCAUAUCGAGUGGAUUCCCAAACCAGUUGUAGCGGCUGACGCAGCUCCGCUGCAGUUUGAGGAGUCACCCUUCACUUUCUCCGUAAUGGAAAGUGACCCUGUGGCCCACAUGGUGGGCGUGGUGGCCACCGAAUCCUCAGACAUCCCCGUUUGGUUUGAAAUCACAGGUGGCAAUUAUGACAGUCGCUUUGACGUGGGCAAGGCCAGCGGAACCCUGAUUGUAGCCCGGCCCUUGGACGCUGAGCAGAAAUCAAAUUACAACUUGACGGUUGAAGCCACGGAUGGGACAAGAACUGUCAGCACCCAGGUACUUAUCCGUGUCAUUGACACAAACAACCAUCGACCAGAAUUCUCACAGCCGGCCUACGUGGUGAACAUCCCCGAGGACAAACCAGUGGGGACUGAGGUCAUGCAGAUCAGUGCGGUGGACAGAGACGAGAAGAACAAACUGACCUUUACGCUCCUGAGCAGCACCGAUCCGUUCAGCUUGAGGAAGUUCCGACUGGAUCCGGGAACAGGAAUCCUCUACACUGCUGAAAGGCUUGACCAUGAGACUAUACAUCGUCACAUUCUCACUGUCAUGGUCAGAGACCAGGACAUCCCGGUCAAGAGGAACCUUGUGCGUGUUAUUGUCAAUGUGGAUGACACUAACGACAAUGCACCCUGGUUUGUAGGCACGCCGUACUCUGGCCGUGUCUUUGAAUCGGCCGCUGUUGGCUCGGCUGUGUUUCAGAUCACUGCUCUGGACAAAGACAAGGGUCACAAUGCGGAGAUUGUCUACAGCAUCGAAUCGGGAAACUUUGCAAACUCAUUUGCCAUUGAUCCCGUUCUGGGAACAAUUACAGUAGCCAAGGAACUGGACCGCCGCAGCAAGUCCCUGUUUGAACUGACUGUUAAAGCGAGCGAUAAUGGAACACCUCCUCUUUCCACUACAGCCACUGUGCACAUCGUGGUAACAGUCUCGGAUAAUGCAUCUCCCAGAUUCUCUCAACACGAGUUUACCGCAGAAGUCAGUGAAUCUGCCCACCUGGGAAGUUUUGUGAGCUUGGUCACAGCUGUUAGUCAGUCUUCUGUUUUCUAUCAGAUUAAAAGUGGAAACGUCGACAACGCAUUUGAUGUCAACCCAAACUCAGGAGUGGUUGUGACACAGGCGGCCUUAGACUAUGAGACCACCUCUCAGUAUUCCCUCAUUAUACAGGGCACCAACAUGGCUGGGGUGGCCAGCAACGCAACACUUCACAUUCAUCUGAAGGAUGAAAACGACAACGCACCAGUUUUUAUCCAGAAGGAAUUCAAAGGAGUAAUCAGCGAGUCUGCUCCAGUCAACAGCGUUGUUCUAACCCAUGACCACACUCCCUUCGUUAUCCGUGCCUCUGACGCAGACUGCGAUCAGAACGCCAUGCUCAUCUAUCAAAUUGUCGAACCCUUCGCCCACAACUAUUUCGCCAUUGACUCAAGCACCGGAGCGAUCAGAAUCACAACAUCUUUGGAUUACGAACAGAGGAGUGUCUUUCACUUCACUGUCCAGGUCCACGAUCUAGGAGCACCCCGCCUGUUUGCAGAGACGGCAGCCAACGUAACCAUUGAAGUCAUUGACUUCAACGACUGUCCGCCUGUUUUCAGCCAAGAGGUGUACGAGGCAGCUGUCAUAGUACCAACAUACAGAGGCGUAGAAGUCAUUCAGAUCAAUGCUACAGAUUCAGACUCCAGGUCAAACUCAAAACUUCUGUUCUCCAUCUCGGACGGUAAUAUUGGUGAUAAAUUCAAGAUGGACCCAGUCACAGGCAUUAUCUCGAUUCAGAAUGUCACACAACUAAGGAGUCGAUAUGAAUUGAAGGUUCGAGUUUCAGAUGGCAGGUUUGCCACGGUCGCCGUAGUGAAGAUUAACAUAAAAGAAAACAAAGAAAGCAAUCUGAAGUUCACGAGGGAGACGUACAGAGCCUUUGUCCAGGAGAAUUCCACCGAGAAGAAAACACUGGCGGUCAUUGCUGUUAUUGGGAACCAGGUGAAUGAGCCGUUAUUCUUCAGAAUUCUGAACCCUGACAGAAGGUUUAAAAUCAGCCGCACGUCAGGAGUCAUCUCGACUACUGGAAUCCCAUUUGAUCGUGAGACGCAGGACACCUAUGACAUCAUCGUUGAGGUCACUAAAGAGGAUAAAUAUGAAGAUGUGGCUCACGUGGUCGUUACGGUGACGGUGGAGGAUGUGAAUGACAACAAACCCAUGUUUGUGAACCUUCCCUAUAAUGCUCUCGUUCAAAUGGACGCGGAAGUAGGCCAGGUCAUCAGGCAGGUUACUGCAGUGGAUAAGGAUACGGGUCCAAACGCAGAAAUCCAUUACUAUCUGAAGGAGCAUCACGAGCACUUUGAAAUUAGCCCCUCUGGAAGAAUUGCUUUAAAAAAGAAAUUUGACAAGGAAUCACUCAACGCAGACUUUGUCGUCGUCGUCAUAGCAGAAGAUAAUGGCGAUGUUCCGCUCUCAGCCGAGGUCGACAUUCCAAUCACCGUGGUAAACAGAGCCAUGCCUAUAUUCGAGAAGCCAUUCUACAGCAUUGAAAUCCCAGAGAACAUCCAGUUACACACUCCUGUGCUUCACGUUCAGGCAAACAACUCGGAGAGUCCCAGGAUUGUCUACACCAUCACUGAAGGAGAUCCGUUCAAGCAGUUCUCUAUUGAUUUUAACACAGGUGUCAUUCAUGUGAUUCAGCAACUGGACUUUGAGACACAUCCUGCCUAUAAGCUGAAUGUGAGAGCCACAGACUCUCUGACUGGAGCACAGUCGGAUGUUUUCGUCGAUAUCAUACUGGAAGAUUUGAAUGAUAACGCGCCCGUGUUCCUCUCCAAAGCCUACUCGGCCAAUAUCUCUGAGUCCUCCAUCAUCGGAACAUCCGUUUUGCAAGUUGACGCCAAAGAUGCUGAUACUGGUAACAACCAAGAAGUUUUCUUUCAGCUGGUCGAGGACAAGACCAAAAGCACAGAUUAUUUUUUCAUUGACCGUGACACAGGAAUCAUUUCUGUAGCGCAAACACUGGAUUAUGAGGAGUUCAAACAGCACAAACUGAUAGUCCGCGUCGUGGAUGGAGGCGUUCCGGCCCUGUCCAGUGACGUGAUUGUGACAAUAGACGUGACUGAUCUAAAUGACAACGCGCCGGCCUUUACGGAACACACCUACACAACCACCAUCAGUGAAUUGGCCCCACGUGGACACUUUGUGACCCAGGUCCAAGCAUCUGAUGCGGACAUCUCCGACUCAAAUCAGUUGGAAUUUUCAAUUGUAUCGGGGAAUGAAGAUCAGAACUUUGUCAUAGGCAAAAACACAGGCACUAUUGUCAUGUCCAACCACAAGAGGCCACACAUGCUUCCCGUGUACAGCCUCAACGUUUCAGUGACCGACGGUGUUUUCAGAAGCUCGUGUACUGUCGUGGUCACAGUCACUGGUGCAAACUUCCACAACCCUACUUUCUCUCAGACCGAAUAUGUUGUAGAACUGGCCGAAAACUCACCCGUUGGCACCCUGGUGGCGGAAGCGAAGGCAACAGAUGACGAUGAAGGCAUUUAUGGAAAUAUUACAUACCAAAUUGUUAAUGACCUGGCCAAAGACAAGUUUUCUGUCACCAACAACGGAGAGAUUUUUACACUGGAGAGCCUUGACCGUGAGAACAACAAUGAAAAGGUGAUUCCAAUUUCCCUGCUAGCUAAAGACGGGGGUGGGAAAGUAGGGUUCUGUGUUGUCAAUGUCAUUCUCACCGAUGUCAAUGACAAUGCCCCACAAUUCAGAGCAGCUGAAUACAGAGCCACCAUUUCAUCUGAUGCCCCGAGGGGUGCCUCUGUUGUUAAAAUCGCUGCUUCCGACAUGGAUGAAGGCAUCAAUGCUGACAUUCAGUACUCAAUCGAAGCAGAUGUUGAAAGCGUGGAGGAGAACUUUGAAAUCCACCCAACCUCAGGGGUCAUUGUAACCAAAGAAAGUCUCAUUGGCCUUGAAAAUGAGCUCCAUGCAUUCUUUGUACGGGCAAGAGAUACGGGCAAUCCGUCCAAACAUUCACUUGUGCAGGUUUAUCUCAGGGUCGUUGCGCCCGAGACCCCAAUUCCCAAAUUUGCAGAACCACAUUACCGUUACACAAUUGCCGAAGACCUUCCCAUUGGCACGGAAAUCGAUGUGGUUCAGGUAGAUGGUGAGCAGCCAGUCGUCUACAGCCUUGCGAAAGGAAACACUCCAGAGAGCAACGAAGAUGAGGUGUUUGUUGUAAACAGAGACACCGGUUCCUUGAAGCUGCAGAAGAGCCUGGACCACGAGACUACCAAAUGGUACCAGCUCCUGUUGCUCGCCCAGGCUACGCAUGAAAACUAUGAGAUUGUGGCCUCAGUGAUUGUGAACAUCCAAGUCAAAGAUGUCAACGACAACAAGCCAGUCUUUGAGUCCGACCCGUACGAAGCUGUCAUUGUGGAAAACCUUCCGAGUGGGACCAGAGUGAUCCAGGUCAAAGCCACUGACCAGGACUCUGGAACAAACGGCCACGUUCUUUACAGCCUCGGCCCUAAGCAGAAGUUACAGGAGAUCUCCGAGCUGUUUGCUGUCAACAGUGAGACUGGAUGGGUGACCACCCUGAGAGAGCUGGACCGGGAGGUGGUGAAUAAAUAUACCAUCGCAGUCCAGGCCACAGACCAAGGGGAUAAGGUUCAACACAUUGCUGGAACUUUGGUAGAAGUCACGGUGGCUGACGUGAACGAUAACCCUCCCCGCUUCAGCGCAGAGAUCUACAAAGGCACGGUGAGCGAAGAUGACCCUCCCGGUGGUGUGAUUGCUAUUCUGAGCACCACAGACGAUGAUUCUGAAGACAUCAAUAAACAAGUGAAUUACUUCAUCACAGGAGGGGACCCACUUGGCCAGUUUGCCAUUGAACACAUUCAGAAUGAAUGGAAGGUCUCUGUCAGGAAGCCUUUGGACCGUGAAGAGAAGGAUAAUUAUCUCCUCAACAUUACUGCCAGUGAUGGUGUCUUCACUGCCAAAGCCACAGUGGAGGUCAAAGUCCUGGAUGCCAACGACAACAGCCCAAUAUGCGAAAAGUCCCUGUACACUGAAAGCGUCCAAGAAAACUCGGUGGCUGGCAGACUGAUCCUGCAGGUCUCUGCCACAGACGCGGAUAUUCGCUCAAAUGCCCACAUUUCCUACGAGCUGCAGGGACUAGAAUCCGAAUUGUUCUUCAUUGACUCUGAAACAGGUGAGUUGAAGACCCUACAGGCACUGGACAGAGAAAAGCAAGAUGAGCACUGGUUCAAAGUGCGAGCAGUGGAUGGAGGCGGGCGUUACUGUGAGGCUGACGUCCGCAUCACCAUAGAAGACGUCAAUGACAACGCGCCACAGUUCACGUCUGACCCGUACACCUUCACAGUGUUUGAGAACACAGAGAUGGGCACGUACGUGGCAAAACUACAGGCACAUGACAUCGACAUUGGUUUCAAUGGCGACAUCCUCUACUCGCUGAUGGAUUCUACCGAUGGCUAUUUCUCCAUUGACGAGCACACUGGCGUCGUAAGCCUGGAGCGUCUCCUCGACCGUGAUGUCCAGUCUGUGCAUGAGCUGAAAGCCCGCGCAACUGACCAGGGUUCACCGCAUCUUACCGCUCUCUGCCAAGUCAUCAUCACUGUGCUCGACAUAAAUGACAAUCCACCAGUGUUUGAGCACCGUGAGUACACCGCCACAGUGUCUGAGGACGUAGCCGUGGGGACGCAGGUGAUCAGAGUACAGGCAACCAGUCGGGACACGGAGGCCAUUGGAGAAAUCUCCUACAGUAUCAUCAGUGGAAACGAACAUGGACUGUUUAGUGUGGACCCUCAUACUGGUGACAUCUUUGUACUGGAGCCGUUGGACUACGAGGUCUCCCACGAAUACUACAUCACCAUUGAGGCUACAGACGGAGGCUCCCCGCCGCUCAGCGAUAUGGCCACUGUAAACAUUAACUUGACUGAUGUCAACGACAACAGCCCUGCCUUCAGCCAGGACGUCUACACAGCUGUCGUCAGUGAGGAUGCAGAGCUGUGAAAGACCGUGAUAGUGGUGAUGGCUGAGGAUCUUGACGGACCUUCCUACGAUCACGUCCGGUUCUCCAUCGUGGAGGGAAAUCAAGGCAGUCCCUUCACCAUCGAUCCGGUCAGGGGGGAGCUGAGAGUAGCUCGCCUGCUGGACAGAGAGAGGACUUCGGGCUACACUCUGACCGUGGCUGCCGCCGACAACGGGUUGCCCCCCCUGUCCAGCACCGCCCAGAUCAACAUUGACAUCUCUGAUGUCAACGACAACCCGCCGCUUUUCUCGCAGGCAAACUACAGUCUCAUCAUCCAGGAGAAUCGACCAAGAGGCACAGAUGUUCUUCAGCUCACAGUUACUGAUAGGGAUGCUUCCCACAAUGGCCCGCCCUUCACCUUCACCAUCGUGGAUGGGAACGAGGGCGAUGCCUUCCACAUCAAUCAGCAUGGAGCACUGUUAGCUGUGGGGGCGCUGAACAAGAAAAGCAAAGACCACUACCUACUCCAGGCGCAGGUGACAGACAGCGGCAAACCUGCGCUGUUCUCCACGGCUUUCGUCAGUGUUCGCAUCAUCGAAGAGAGCGUUUACCCUCCUGCCAUUCUUCCUCUGGACAUUUUCAUCUCCACCGCUGGUGACGAAUACUCUGGCGGCGUCCUGGGCAAGAUCCACGCAACUGACCAGGACAUUUACGACACCCUCACCUACAGCCUGGCUCCGACCGCUCCCUCCUACUCCUCGUCGGUGGAUGACGGCGGCGCCUUGUUUUCCGUUUCUGCCACUGAUGGUAAAGUGAUUGCAGUAAGGCCGCUGGAUGUCGGUCACUACUCUCUAAAUGUGACGGUCACCGACGGUCGCUUCACCACAGCCGCCGAUGUCACUGUGCACGUCCGCCAGGCCACUGGACAGGCUCUGGACAACUCCAUCGCGGUGCGCUUUGCAAACAUCGCUCCCGAGGAGUUUAUCGGCGAUUACUGGCGCAACUUCCAAAGGGCACUGAGAAACAUCGCUGGGGUGAGGAGGAGCGAGGUGCAGUUAGUAAGCCUGCAGCCAUCGGAGCAAGGGGAUCUGGAUGUGCUGCUGACUCUAGAAAGAUCCGGGAGUCCCUAUCAGUCUCAGGAGGUUGUAUUCCGUAAGCUGAACUCAUCGGCAGCUGUUAUCGAGGAGAUGACGGGGGUUCGGCUCAUCCGAGUGGUGCAGAAGCUCUGCGCCGGGCUCGACUGUCCGCUCCGCUUCUGCAACGAGGUCAUCUCUUUGGAUAAAACCUCCAUGUCCACGUACAGCACAGCUCGCCUUAGCUUCGUCACGCCUCGCCACCAGAGGGCCGCGACCUGCCAGUGUGACGGUGGUAAAUGUCCUGCAGAGAACAACCUGUGUGAGAACAACCCCUGUCCUGAGGGAAUGGAGUGUGUGGCAGAUCCCAGAACCACGAUGUACAGUUGUGUGUGUCCAGAGGGCAAAAAGGGCAAAUGUUCCGACGGUCACUCGCUGACGUUCAGCGGCAGCGGCUACCUGAAGUACCACCUGAUGGAGAAUGACAACAAGGAGCUGAUGAAACUCUCGCUGCGAGUCAGAACUCUAUCCAGCCAUGCUACGGUCAUGUACGCUAAAGGAACAGACUACAGCAUUCUUGAGAUCGUCAACGGCCGGCUGCAGUACAAGUUCGACUGCGGCAGUGGGCCCGGCCUGGUGUCGGUCCACAGCGCUCAGGUCAACGAUGGGGAGUGGCACACUGUGUCCCUGGAAGUGGAUGGCAACUAUGCUAAGCUAGUGUUGGACAGAGUGCAUGCCGCCUCGGGCACAGCGCCGGGAACUCUGCGCACCCUUAACCUGGACAACAGCAUUUACUUCGGGGGUCAUAUGCGCCAGCAUGCCUCGACUCGCCACGGGCGCAGCCUGCCUGUCACCAACGGCUUCCGGGGCUGCAUGGAGGCCAUCAACCUGAAUGGCCAGGAGCUGCCUCUCAACACCAAAGCUCACCGCACGUAUGCUGUGCUGGAGGACAUCGUGGACGUGGCCCCGGGCUGUGCGCUGGCACCUGUUGACACCUGUAGCAGCAACCCCUGCACCAACGGGGGGAGCUGCACCUCACUGCCAAACGGAGGAUAUUUCUGCAAGUGCCCUGCCUCAUUCAUGGGCGCCCACUGCGAGGUGCCCAUUAGCCCUUGUGCCUCCAACCCCUGCCUGUACGGCGGCACCUGUGUCCCUCGUGCUGAUGACUUUUACUGUCAGUGUAGAGGACAGUACUCAGGACAGAGAUGCCAGUUGGGGCCGUACUGCAGAGACAACCCCUGUAAAAACAGCGGAAAGUGUAUCGACAGUCUGGACGGUCCAGUGUGUGAGUGUGAAGCUGGCUUCCAGGGAGACAGGUGCCUCAGUGAUGUCGAUGAGUGCAUUAAGAACCCUUGUGCCAACGGAGGCCAGUGCCAGAAUACGUACGGCUCCUACAAGUGUAACUGCUCUCAGGGUUUCAGUGGACCGCACUGCGAACUGCGCACUGAGAUCCGCAACGAAUUCGUCUCCACCUCCUGGAACAUUGGCCUGGAGGAGGUGAUCGGCAUUGUGGUGUUCGUCUCCAGCAUCUUCAUCCUGGUCCUGCUCUUCAUCCUCAUCCGCAAGAGGGCCUGCCGCCGCCGCCGCAAGUCCAAGACAGACGACGACAAACACGCGGGGGGUUCGAACGUGCCUCACUCCUUCCUCCAGAGACCCUACUUUGACGCCAAACUCAACAAGAACAUCUACUCCGACAUCCCGCCUCAGGUCCCCGUGCGGCCCAUUUCCUACACUCCCAGCAUUCCGAGUGACUCCAGGAACAACCUGGACAGGAAUUCAUUCGAAGGCUCAGCCAUCCCUGAGCACCCGGAGUUCACCACCUUCAACCCAGACUCUGUGCACGGUCACCGCAAGACCGUGGCAGUGUGCAGCGUAGCACCCAACCUGCCCCCACCUCCUCCCUCCAACUCCGUGUCAGACAGCGACUCCAUCCAGAAACCGAACUGGGACUACGACUAUGACGCUAAAGUCGUGGACUUGGACCCGUGCAAGAAGCCCGUAGAGGACAGUGCCUGUCACCCUUACAACACCAGGGGGAGCAUGUCUGAGGUUCACUCCCUCAGCUCCUUCCAUUCAGAGUCCUGUGAUGACAACGAGUCUAUUUUGGCUCACGAUCUCAAGAACCCAAGAGGAUAUCACUGGGACACAUCUGAUUGGAUGCCAAGUGUUCAGCUUCCUGGAAUCCAGGAGUUUCCACAGUAUGAGGUUGUGGAGUCGCCUGCCCCUCUGUACAGUGACCCCAGUGCCAUCGACACCGACUAUUAUCCCGGGGGAUUCGACAUUGAGAGUGAUUUCCCUCCCCCACCGGAGGAUUUCUCUGUCAAUGACGACCUGCCGCCCCCACCUCUGCCGGAGUACGGAGACGGCUGUGACACACUGAGGCCCAAGGGCAGAGACUUAGACCAGGCUUUGGGAAACCCAUGCGGUCCGGGAGGGGUCCGCCAGCGACCGGCCCUGCCUCAGCUCUACAGCCUAAACCAGUACCUACCGGAGCACUCUUACCCGAGUGACGGGGGCGAAACCGAAGGCCACGGGGCAACUUCGACAUCGGCCAACACGACUCCAGCUUCUACCUUGGGCACCAGAGGUUACAGAGGAGGCUACGGUUUAGGUUGCGGUCUGGACUUUGACUCCUCCGCUCUGGACAACAUAUCCAUGUCUCUGUACACGUCCACAGCCUCCUGCUCGGAUAUGUCGGCGUGCUGCGAGGAGUCCGAGGCCAUGAUUAGCGACUAUGACAGCGGUGAUGAGAGCCACUUCGAACGGCUGGCCAUCCCAGCCCUGGACUCCCAACAGCACACUGAAGUCUGACACUGGAUCCAAACAAAAGUGCCUGAAUCCACAGCGAUACCUUGUGUUAGCCUCUAAAACACCUCUUUGACACUUAACAUGCACAUGUACGAAGAAGAAACAAAGGCGACGCGAAGUCAAAACACGGUGGUUGUUAAGCCUGGCUGUGAGGGCUAGUCAACCAAAAAGAUUACACAGGACACACUGUAGCAUCUUUGCAUCUCCUCAGCCCAACACCUGCUCCUGGGAGUCAGCGUCGAGGUCACUUUAGAUAAGAGUCCAGUCGACAUUUUGUUGUGCAACGUCCAAAAAAAAAAAAAA